GGCGGGGCCCGGCGCUGGUUGCCGGGGCGGCGGAUGGCGGCGGCGGCUCCUCGAUGGCGGCGGGACUGAGCGUGGAUCCUGCAGCGGCGGCCGGGACGCGGGGACUCCCCCUUCGGUGCGGGGAGGCCCAGUCCUCGGGAAAAAGGGGGAGAGAGAGAGAGGCUGAUACUGAAGCCAACCAGCUGCGCUUCUGAGUGGGAAACUCCGGACUGAUCUCAUGGCUUGCUUUUUAUUUCAUUAAUACUUCAUUAUCUCUGAAAAUGAACCUUUUGUGAAGCUCUUCUCCUAACUCUCCUUAUUCCUCUUUCACGAGGUGGCUGCUGCUGUGCGAGGGAAGGAAUGGCAUGAAGUAAAUGACUCCAGUAUAAAAAGCAAUCUGCUUUGCCCAAGUGCCCAGUGGGCAGCACUGUCACUUUAAUAAUUCCAGGUCAAGGGAUUGCUUUCCUCGUUUUCAAUCCUCUCUUUUAAUACAUGGGAGGAUCAGAGGGACAUUAAAGACCGUAAGGCUGGGUGGCUUGCAGAUAAUAAAAAUGAAAGUGUCUGCCCAGUGACUUCUGUUGGGUAAGAGGGUGAUAUUUGAAGGCUCUUGUCUGGUGAGGAAAAAGGGAUCUUUUCAGUCUGCUGUGUAGUCACCUAAUACAUAGCUAGCAAAAUUAAUUCAAGAAGUGAAAGAGCUUAAAGAGGCGCUUUGGAUUGUUUUUGUCUUCCUCCUUAUUUGGAUUACUUGGGCGUUUUUGUCCUGCAAAUAAUAUGUUUUUGAGCAUGUACAGGUGGAGUAUUGAGACAGCUGCCUAGAGAUGGACUGUGCCUUAAUUGUAUUGCAUAAAAUCUUUUAAUUUUCAAACUUUGCUGCCAGAAGAGGAGUUAUAAUAAGGUUUUAUAUUGCCAAGGAACGUUUGCUCUUGUAUUUUUAUAGAGUCAAAUAUAUUUUAAAGAAAUUGAAAGCAUCUCUUUAAAAAGAAUCAAAAAGCUUCUUCCCCCCCCCCCCUUUUAUUUUUUCUUUUUUGUGGAGAGCAUCGCAAGUCCAACCCAAGGGAACAGCAAGUAUUCAUAGAAAUGAAGAUUGAAGCUGCAUUUCCUUACUGAACUGUAAAAGUGUUCUGCAAUAGAUAGUCAGUUCCUGACCUUGCAGAGUGUUCCAGUAGUACUUCGUUAGUACCUGUAAAUAAGUGCUUGCAACCAGAUUCAGAAGUAGGAAGAAGAAUGCCAGUCAAGAAGAAAGAUACUGACCGAGCUUUAGUACUGCUGGAAGAAUAUUGCAAAAAACUACAGAAGCCAGAAGAGCAACAACUGAAAAAAGCCAUCAGAAAGGUGAUGGGCAUCUUUAAGAGCAGCUUGUUUCAGGCACUGCUAGAUAUUCAAGAGUUUUAUGAAGUGACGCUGCUAAAUUCCCAGAAAAGCUAUGUGCAAAAAAUAGAAGAAGCAAAUCAAGUUGCAGAGAAAUGGGAGAAGACAACAUCUGCUACAGACGAUGAAAAUCUGCAGAAAAAGCAGGAGCCUGCAGCUUCCAAUGAAUCAGAAGGAUCUGGCCAAUGUGGUGAAUGCAACAAGGAGAACCCGACUUUUGAAAACUGUGUGGUAGACAUGAAGACAAAGCAGAGCCAUGGCAGAUGCCCAUCUCACAAAUGCUCAGUCGAAACACCUGCCUGGAUACCCAUUCAGCACUCUGCCAAAGGCCAGGAGGAAGAAAAUCCCACAGGUAGAGGCCUUCAGCUGGGACCUUUUCCUGAAAUGGAAUGGACUAAUACACAGAAAUAUCGUUAUCAAGAUGAGGAUGCGCCACAUGACCAUACUUUGCCUCGUUUAACCCAUGAAGUGAGAGGCCCAGAGCUCGUUCAUGUGUCAGAGAAGAACUUGUCUCAAAUAGAGAAUGUCCAUGGAUACGUCUUACAGUCACACAUUUCCCCUUUGAAGGCAAGCCCUGCCCCUAUAAUUGUCAACACAGACACUUUGGACACAAUUCCUUAUGUCAAUGGAACAGAAAUUGAAUAUGAAUUUGAAGAAAUUACUUUGGAGAGGGGAAAUUCUGGCCUGGGGUUCAGUAUUGCUGGAGGAACAGAUAACCCACACAUUGGGGAUGAUCCUGGGAUAUUCAUUACUAAGAUUAUACCAGGAGGAGCUGCAGCAGAGGAUGGAAGACUCAGGGUCAACGAUUGCAUCUUGCGAGUGAACGAAGUUGACGUGUCAGAAGUGUCACACAGCAAAGCCGUGGAGGCCCUGAAGGAGGCUGGUUCCAUAGUGCGAUUGUACGUGCGGCGAAGGAGACCUAUACUGGAGACCGUCGUAGAGAUCAAGUUGUUCAAAGGACCGAAAGGUCUAGGAUUCAGUAUUGCAGGAGGGGUGGGAAACCAACACAUCCCUGGGGACAACAGCAUUUAUGUCACUAAGAUUAUUGACGGGGGAGCUGCACAAAAAGAUGGGAGAUUGCAGGUUGGAGAUAGACUUCUUAUGGUAAAUAAUUACAGUUUAGAAGAAGUUACCCAUGAAGAGGCAGUAGCAAUACUGAAGAACACAUCAGAUGUAGUGUAUCUGAAAGUUGGAAAGCCCACCACCAUUUACAUGACAGAUCCUUAUGGCCCACCAGAUAUUACUCACUCUUAUUCUCCACCGAUGGAAAAUCAUAUACUCUCUUCUGGAAACAAUGGCACUUUAGAGUACAAGGCAUCCCUGGCCCCUAUUUCCCCAGGAAGAUACUCACCCAUUCCAAAGCACAUGCUUGUGGAGGACGACUACACCAGGCCUCCUGAACCUGUUUACAGCACUGUGAACAAACUGUGUGAUAAACCACCUUCUCCUAGGCACUAUUCCCCUGUCGAGUGUGACAAAAGCUUCCUUCUUUCAGCUCCCUACCCCCACUACCACGUAGGCCUGCUCCCUGACUCUGAGAUCACCAGUCAUUCCCAGCACAGCACUGCAACGCGUCCACCCACAGUGAGCUUGCAGCGGACCAUUUCUGUGGAAGGAGAGCCUCGAAAAAUCAUCCUGCACAAGGGCUCCACAGGACUUGGUUUCAACAUUGUGGGAGGUGAAGACGGGGAAGGCAUUUUCGUGUCUUUCAUCCUGGCAGGUGGGCCAGCGGAUCUCAGCGGAGAACUGCAGCGAGGAGAUCAAAUCUUAUCUGUGAACGGCAUUGAUCUCCGGGGUGCUACCCAUGAGCAGGCUGCGGCUGCGCUCAAAGGAGCGGGGCAGACGGUAACCAUCAUAGCACAAUACCAGCCAGAGGAGUACGCUCGAUUUGAGGCAAAAAUCCAUGACCUGCGUGAGCAGAUGAUGAAUCACAGCAUGAGUUCUGGGUCUGGCUCCCUGAGGACUAAUCAGAAGAGGUCACUGUAUGUCAGAGCCAUGUUUGACUAUGACAAGAGCAAAGACAGUGGCCUCCCAAGCCAAGGACUGAGUUUCAAGUAUGGAGACAUCCUUCACGUCAUCAACGCCUCAGAUGAUGAAUGGUGGCAGGCGAGGAGGGUCACUCUGGAGGGGGACAGUGAGGAGAUGGGAGUUAUACCCAGCAAGAGGAGAGUUGAAAGAAAGGAGCGUGCCCGUUUGAAGACGGUGAAAUUCAACGCGAAACCCGGUGUAAUUGAUGCAAAAGGGUCAUUCAAUGACAAGCGUAAAAAGAACUUCAUCUUUUCACGAAAAUUCCCAUUCUACAAGAGCAAGGAGCAGAGUGAGCAGGAAACAAGUGAUCCAGAACAACAUGUUUCUUCUAAUGCCAGCGAUAGUGAAAGUAGCUACAGAGGCCAAGAGGACUGCAUCCUUUCUUAUGAACCUGUCACAAGACAGGAAAUUAAUUACACCAGGCCAGUUAUUAUUCUGGGUCCUAUGAAAGAUCGGAUCAACGAUGAUUUGAUAUCUGAGUUCCCUGAUAAGUUUGGGUCAUGUGUACCACAUACCACACGGCCAAAACGUGACUAUGAAGUGGAUGGGAGAGAUUAUCAUUUUGUCAUUUCAAGAGAACAAAUGGAAAAAGAUAUCCAAGAGCACAAAUUUAUAGAAGCUGGGCAGUACAAUGAUAAUUUGUAUGGAACUAGUGUCCAGUCUGUGAGAUUUGUGGCAGAAAGGGGCAAGCACUGUAUACUUGAUGUGUCAGGAAAUGCUAUCAAACGACUACAGGUUGCACAACUCUAUCCCAUUGCUAUCUUCAUUAAGCCCAAAUCAUGGGAGCCUCUGAUGGAAAUGAAUAAACGUCUUACAGAGGAGCAAGCAAAGAAAACCUAUGAUCGAGCAAUUAAAUUAGAACAAGAAUUUGGAGAAUAUUUCACAGCUAUUGUCCAAGGAGAUAGCUUAGAAGAUAUAUAUAAUCAAUGCAAACUUGUAAUUGAAGAACAAUCUGGGCCUUUCAUCUGGAUUCCUUCAAAGGAAAAAUUAUAAAUUAGCCACUGCACCUCUGAUUACGACGGGAGAAUAUUUAGAAGAAAACUAUAAUAUACUAUUUGGAGGCUUUCCUGUUUUUGUUGCAUUUAUGUUCUUUGCAGUCAAUGUGAAUUUUGAUGAAUGUACAACACAAAGUGUUUGAAGCCAUGAAGGACACUGAUGAGUCAAAGGGUAGGAACAAAAAGACUUCUACCGUAUAAAGCAAAUCUGUUGUGUGCUCAGAGCACGAGUUGUAGGUAUAAACUUUUGACGUGAAGACCCUCUGUCAAAGGGAGCUAAGCCACCUCCUGUGCCCACGCGGACAUUUUGAUCAAUUUCAAUGGCUGAGCUCAGUGUGUUGAUUGCUUUAGAGAAGUUCCCAGCUCUUGAACCUCACAGAGGGCUUGAUCCUGCAAGGCGCUCAGCACUUGACCCCAAUUCCUACACAUGAGUAGCCUGUUGACUUGGAGUCACUUGUGACCCUUCCCUAUGCCCUUCAGUCCCACAGUUCCAGUAGGACUCUUCACGUGCUCAGAGCUAGGCACAGGCUUAAGCAUUUUUGCUAGAUCAGGGCCACAUGCACCUUGCAAAAUCAAGCUCAGAGUAUUUGGUCCACUUCCUACUGAGGUCACUGUUGGGACACUCUGUGACCUGACUGGGAGGUGGGUCCUGUUCCAAGCUUGUCAUUGCACAUUUGUAGUUGGUACACCUCGACUUUGGUAACUAUGCACAUCUUUUGAUUUCUGAAACCAAGUCAAGCUUUUUUUUUUCCCCCUUUGGAAGCACUAUUGCAUCAGGAACUACCAACAAUAUGGUUUAUUUUAAUGGUGUUUAGGGGUGGGAGAGGAUGGAAGCAUUUCACACCACACACAUGUGCACACAAACACAUUCCCAUGCAGACAGACACAUGUAUGAGGAUUCACAGCACCUAUGUUAACAAGGAGGGAUACAACUGGGAAAAGCUUUAAAAUUUUUGAUUGUCUAUUUUAUCAUUUAUAUUGAUAGAAGGCACUUAAAGAUGGAAUAAUUUAUAAAAAUAAAAAUAUAUUGAUGUAUAGAAAC